UCUCAAUUAUUAUAGCAUCUUGAUAAAUAAAUGAGUAUUAUUACUUCAUGCGUCUACCUUAUAAUAUUAACAUAUCAUAACCCACAAAUUGAAACCCAAAAGAUAAAAUGAUAAAAAUGUUUGAGGUACGAGGCUUGUAUCUCCUCCUACCACUGCUAUGGUCUAGUGUUACUAAAACCACUUUCGCCACUAAAAUCGCCAAGCCCGGUUGCCAACCUAGCUGUGGCAACGUAACGAUUUACUAUCCAUUUGGUAUCGGCAGCGCAUGUUCUCUUAGGGAGUCUUUCAUAAUAGACUGCAAUCGUAGUUCCAGCAAUGACCCUCCAAAACCCUUCUUGGUCGGCAGUAACAUUGAGGUCCUGAACAUAAGCAUUACCGGCCAAAUGCUUAUUAAGAGCUUUGUGACAACUAAACUAUACCGAGAUGGAGUAGCAGUAGAAUCAACUCCUCCGUAUGUAGAGCAGACAGAUCUCACCAUGUAUCCACUUGUAUAUUCCGACACCGAAAACAAGCUCAUCGUCGUUGGUUGUGAUGAUUUUGGUUUUCUUGUUUCCGAAAGUACCUAUAGAGGGUCGUCUCCUCUCGGAAUGGGGUGCAGUGUAGUGUGUAGCAAUUUAUCAGUGGUGAUAAACGGGUCGUGUUCAGGGUUUGGUUGCUGCCAAACAACCAUCCCACAGAGGUUGUAUAACUUCACCUUAGUAUUAGAGAGUAAUGCGAAUCACAGUAAUGUGUCUCACGUAAAUCCAUCUGGUUAUGCUUUCAUAGGAAAUCCGAGUAAAUUCAACUUUAGUGUCGCUGACCUUGGUGAUCCUAACUUCGUCAAUAGAACCAGAGACAGUGUUCCGGUGGUGCUCGAAUGGUUUGUUUGGGAUUAUUAUGAUUUUUCUCAUGAUAUUAGUUGUGAGAUAGCUAAGAGAGACUUGUCCUACUAUGCUUGCCACCAUCAAAGCCGCUGCCACGAUGUUGAUAGUGGCUCUGGGGGGUACAGAUGCACUUGUCUACCUGGUUACAAGGGUAAUCCUUAUCUUAGCCCCGGAUGUACAGAUAUUGAUGAGUGUGCAAAUCUUUCAAGCUCCCCUUGUUCUGAUAUUUGUAUAAACACUCCGGGUAGUUACUAUUGUACUUGUCCUAAAGGAUAUCAUGGAAAUGGUCGGAAGGAUGGAACCAGUUGUAUAAGAGAUUCUGUUCCAGAUUAUUCUAAAAAGAAUAUAGUUAUAGGUCUUGCUGCUACUUUGGGAUCUCUACUAUUGCCUCCAAUUGGAUGGUGGUUAUACAUAGUGAUAAAAAAAAGAGAGACUAUAAAGCAAAAGGCUAGAAACUUUAAGAAAAAUGGUGGUUUGUUGUUGCAACAUCGUAUGUUGUCUGAUGAACGCAUUGUAGAAAGAACAUAUUUCUUCACCGUUGAUGAGUUGGAGAAAGCCACGGACCACUUUAAUGAGAGCAGGAUACUUGGACGAGGAGGACAAGGUACCGUUUACAAAGGAAUGCUAGGUGAAGGGAGACUUGUUGCUGUAAAAAAGUCUAAGACAUUGAAUGAAAGCCAACGAGCACAUUUCAUCAACGAAGUGGUUAUCAUGUCUCAAAUAAUUCAUAGGAAUAUAGUCAGGUUACUAGGAUGUUGUUUGGAAUCAGAAGUCCCAUUAUUGGUUUAUGAGUUUGUCCCAAAUGGAACACUUUUCAAUCAUCUACAUCAUCUAAAUGAAGAGUUUCCAAUCACAUGGAGGAUGCGCUUGCAAAUUGCUUCUGAUUUAGCUGGAGCACUUGCUUAUCUGCAUUCCUUUUCUUAUUAUCCCAUACUACAUAGGGACAUCAAAUCUUCCAACAUUCUUUUGGAUGAUAAGUAUAGGGCAAAACUAUCGGAUUUUGGGUUAUCAAAAAGUGUGGCUCCCGAUCAAACCCAUGUAACAACUCGUGUUAUGGGAACAUUCGGUUAUUUGGAUCCUGAAUAUUUCCAAACUAACCACUAUACAGAGAAGAGUGAUGUUUACAGUUUCGGUGUGGUCCUUGUUGAACUUUUAACCGGACAAAAGGCAAUACGUGCUAUAUGUGAACAAGAUAGAAGUUUGGUGUCAUGGUUUCUUUCUCAUACAGAAAACUCUCAAUUCCUUGACAUUGUGGACCCUGAUUUGGUAAAGGAGAGUUCGAAGGAAGAGGUUUACACUAUUGUUGAUCUUGCAACACGAUGCUUGAAUCCGAAAGGUCAUAGAAGACCCACUAUGAAAGAAGUUCUACUAAUACUAGAGACAGAAGAGUCGCCCCAAACCGAUGAAGUAGAAACCAGCUCACAAUUCGAGCAAGUGUUAGCUGCUGGAACAACUAAUAACAGUUCAUACCAUGAAAAUGUUGCAACUUCCUCCACAUCUAGUAUGGAUACACGUUAUUGUCAAUCAUCUGAAUUGUCUUUAUUAUUCAAUCCCAGAUGACGUAGAUAUCUUCAGUAGUUUAGUUUGGCUACAUACCCUUGCUAUAAGUUGAUCAGGAUUGACUUUACGUAACUUUGUGUAUCACUUAUAGUACCUUAUUUUUCACAUAUCAGAUAUGUUGAGAUGUUAUGCUUAGGUCUAGUACUGUUUUAUAAUGCAACUAAUUAUGUUAAGAACUGCCUUCUUUUCUCUAA